CCUCUUCCAAAAACAUAUCUAUAAAUUGUGAGGCGACCCAACAACCUCUUCAACAUCCCCGAAGAAUUGAUUUGUCGUACGUAGCCAGCGCAAAACCUCCAACAACGAGCACAAGCAACAGCACUGCCCAUUCAUACAUCUGCCGUUCCAGUCGUCAUAUGAGAUACCGUACCACCACAUAUCGAACUAUCCUCACCAUCUUUACAGCUGUUCAUCUCCCACCCACCUGAGUUCCUCUGGCCUUGGUUAUCUCCAACAAAAUCACAUCUCUCGUUACUUACAAAUUAAGACGUCCUAAUCUCACUCAUAUCCACCCACCAUUUCGACUUCACCUUUACCUCAUUCAUGAUUGAUCACGGAUAUCGCACGUAGAAGAGCAGAAGCAGAAGCCAUAACAAAAAAUAAUAUCAGUAUGCAUCCAAGUCAUCUACCGCGAGAGAAUGAGCCCAGCCAGCAUUUAUUUCCCAUCAUGACAACCGCUUCAACCCCAGCUACCCCCGGUCCGUCCACACCAACAGUCACGCGAGCACUCGAAACAGAGCACACCAAAGUCGAUGAUAUUCUGAAUAUUGAAAGGCCAGCAUCGACACCAUUUCCGCGACAGAAGUCUUUAGGUGGAGAGAUUGUAGAGCGACAGAUCGAGCCGGAUAUUGUGGAACGAGUAGAGCCUUCGCCGAUUCAACAACAAGCCCCAGAUUCAGGCUCACCCUUGUGCGACCUUCCAGUAGAGAUACACGAAUGCAUUCUCGAUCACCUGUUCGGUUUCAGGACGGCGGCUUCCCUGCGAGUUAUACCGGGAAGGUCAAAGGUGCUUCGAGGUUGGGGUACCGCUCUAAGACAUUCGAGGCGGCGUGAAGUUUCCGAGUUAGCUCUUGUGUCUGCUUCAUGGAGAAAUCUUAUUCAAGAACGAUUAUACAGGCAUCUCAAAAUCAAGGGAACCACGGAUUCCAUUCAGCAGUCGCUGGAGUGGUUUUAUGCUCAUCCACAUUUGUGUGCGUAUGUGAAGCAUAUCGAAAUAUGGUUUCCGGUAUUUCAACAGAAGAAGUUGCCUUUCGAUCGAAUCAUGCGGAUACCCCCGACACAUCCAGAUCGAUCUACCCUAAUUCGCUCACUUGCACAUCUCGGCGCAGAACCUCCGAAUCCUGUCACAUACCAAACCCCCGACAACAACUGCACCCUAUCAGAAAUCUUCCAGUUUGUUCGAAAUAUCUUCCCAGAAGCCUGUAUCUUGACUUUGGAAGGCGGAGAAAGAAAGAAACCUCCCCAAGUUCGGCAAUUUCGCCCGGACGAAACAAAAUUACCUACGAUUGAUACCGUUCGGACUCUGGUCUGCAAAGGACAAUGGAAUCUUAUCCGUACGAAUGAAGAUUUCCAAAACAUUGCUGCAGCAUUACCAAACCUGAAUGAAUGGCAUGGAUCCUAUGCCAAACCAAAAUCGAAGUCAUAUCUUUGUAUUGCGCAGAUUGCCCCUCGGAUACCACAGAAUAUCACACAUAUCAACCUAUGUCUUGAGAACGACUAUCGCAGAGAAGCUGUAUCGCCUGGUUUCUUCAGGAAAGUGGCACUAAAGACACAUUUCUGCGAUGAAUUGGCCAAGUCAAUUCCGACUCUUGAGCACUUGGCAUACACCGGAAGAGUUUGUCGUGGAUUUUUCGACACGGCGGCUAAACUCUCUAAUCCCCGUACCUCGAGAUUAAAGUGCGUAGAACUUAUUGUUAAAAAUUGCUGUCGCCCUACUCAGCAAUGGAAUGAUGGAUCUGGUAUAAGUGAUAUGUCGUUCAUAUCCGCUUUCGAAGCAUUAGUAUUGGCGGGUGUACGAUCAUUAGACAGGCUGGCGGCCCUUGAGUACCUGAGGAUUAGAUUCAUAGAUCUUGGUGAGAUGGAGCAAAUUUCUUGUCGUCUUUGGGAAUACUAACGGUGUUGCAGAAUCUCAAGUCCCGCCACUCAACCCAUAUUUUGAACUCAAAGAUAACUUGUGCACAGGAAUUUGGAGUUCCAGCAUAGUUGAUGCAUUGGCAAGUAGUAGACCCACUGCAUCUUUUGUCGAAAACGCAGAAAUCUUGGGUGAAUUGGAAGUGAAUAAGGAUGGACAAUUCACCACGCCUGCUACAUUCUCAAAGUUUCGUCCACUCUCUAUAAAAGUUUCAAAUUAUCUUGCUCUUUCAGGUGGUAUCACAAUCACAUGAAAGAUAUCUCAUCAUGGCCUAAAGUCUUAUUGCACAUAUGGGGCAGGCUUUAGCUGAAAGAGAAUAUUUCGUCUCGUUGUUAGCAUGGGUUUCCUUGGGAGUAUAAGGCAGGGCUAUUGUAAAGUAGUGAUUGAACAGAACACUUGAUUGGAGGAUAUGGCUUUGGCAUGGGCUGGGAACGGAACGGAAGCUGGGCAAUAUUUAUCUGGCAUUAGCAGGGCGUUCUCUAAUCUAGUUUGCGGAAUCAAAGGAGGGGUACUUUUUCUUUCGCAAUAAAUGCUUUUGUUUUGAGGUUUGCAAAUUACAGAGAACAAGACAAGAUUUUUGUAUGUAAAUUCGUCGAGAGUUUUAUGCGAAGCGUA